AUGAAGAUGUUUUUGAAAGAUUUCGGAGUUGUUUUGUGUUUAGUUGUAACGACUGCUCGAUUUUCAUCCGCAGAUCUUGGUAACAUAGACUCUCCAGUUGACUACUCACUGGCAACCAUUCAAGAUGACGACGUAUCAUUUCUGAUCUAUCAAAAUUCUGGAACUAGUUUCCAGACGGUUGCAAUCGGACAAAAUGUAGUUCUUACUCCAAAUGUCAGAAUAAUCAUCCACGGUUAUAACGAGAAUCCAGACUUAGAAUGGGUGGUCCAAAUGAGGGAUGGUUUCUUGUCUAAAGGUUCAUACAUUGUUGUCGUUGUGGAUUGGUCCAAAGCUGCAACUAACUACGAACUUGGUGCUUCUAAUGUUCAAAAGCUUGGCGAAUAUGUUGGACAGUUUCUUAUCGAUAGUGGGCUAGACUAUAGUAGAUCUGAAAUUAUUGGAUCUUGCUUGGGAGGACACGCAGCAGGUCAUGCUGGCAAAUACUUUUUCCAGAAAACGGGGAAGAUGGUGCCCAGGAUAUUUGGUUUAGAUGUUGCAGCUAAGAAAUUUGAACUUCCAGAAGUACCAGAAGAGAAUAGAUUGUCAAUAAAGGACGCUGACUUCGUGGGAGUGGUUCAUACAGAUGCCAGACAAUGGGGCUUUAAACAACCUAUCGGUAUGGUCGAUUUUUAUCCCAAUGGAGGCAAUUACCAGCCUGGAUGUAAUGGUGCCGAUGUAGAUGAAGAUGUUUGCAGUCAUGUUAGAGCUAACUAUUUGUUUGCCGAGUCUAUUACAUCUCUAGUUCAAACUGAAGAAGUUAACAUUGUUAUUGAGGAUGGACUGGUCGUUUCCAACCCUGUAGAUCCAAAUGUCGCGAGACUUAUUAUGUUUGGGGAACAAGUUGAACAACAACCUGGCCCUGGUAGUUUUGUUUUUUCAACUCAGGCCGUUCCACCAUACCUAGUAAUAUCACAGUAA